AUGGCUAACAUGAAGCUACUGGCCGUGUUCGCUGUCUUGCAGUUCCUGUCACUCCACCUCCACGUCCAUGGCGUCUCCGCGUCCGCCGUCAGCAGAGCGCACAAGCCCACAAAGCCCGGCGGCAGCGGCAAAUGCCACAUCAGUGGCUUCCUGCACGGCGUAGCCGGCAAAUGCAACAGGGAGCACGGCUCGGACUGCUGCGUGGCCGGCCACCGCUACCCGCAGUUCAAGUGCUCGCCCCCUGUGUCGGCCGAGACGCCGGCGAUCCUGACGUUGAACAGCUUCGCGGCGGGUGGGGACGGCGGCGGCAAGUCCUUCUGUGACAACCGCUUCCACAAGGACAGCGAGCUGGUGGUGGCUCUAUCCACGGGGUGGCUGCGCCUCGACGGCACGCGCAGGUGCAACAAGAUGAUCCGCAUUAACGGGAACGGGCGGUUUGCGAUGGCCAAGGUCGUCGACGAGUGCGACUCGGUGAACGGCUGCGAAGUGGAGCACAACUUCGAGCCGCCGUGCCCCAACAACGUCGUGGACGGGUCACCGGCAGUGUGGAAGGCGCUGGGGCUCAACGAAGACAUUGGAGAGUUCAAGGUCACUUGGUCUGAUGUGUGA